GCCGCUCUGUCCCUCGCUUCCGGCCGCGCCUCGCUGCCCCGGGAGGGGCUCCUGCCGCGUACGCAGUUUCCAUGGGGACUGAAGAUGGCGCCGCGAGGUGAGGUUCUGGAGGUAAACGGUUGUCCUCCACCCCCCUGGAGAUCCUGUUCUUUCUCAAUGGGUGGUAUUAUGCUACUUAUUUCGUGCUGGAGCUCUUCAUAUUCCUGUAUAAAGGUCUGCUGUUGCCAUACCCAACAGCCAACCUCGUACUGGAUAUGGUGAUGCUCCUCCUUUAUCUGGGAAUCGAAGUCAUUCGACUGUUUUUCGGUACAAAGGGGAACCUCUGCCAGCGGAAGAUGCCCCUUGGCAUUAGUGUGGCCUUGACCUUCCCAUCCGCCAUGCUGGCCUCCUACUACCUCCUGCUGCAGACCUACGUGCUCCGCCUGGAGGCCAUCAUGAACAGCAUCUUGCUCUUCUUUUGUGGCUCAGAGCUGCUGCUUGAGGUGCUCACCCUGGCCACCUUCUCCAGUAUGGAGCGGAUCUGAGGCUGACAGCACACAUACUUCUGGUACUUUACACGUCAAGCUGACCCGGGGAAGGUGGUGCAGCUUUUCCUCAGUACGCACACCGUCAGGCAAUAAGCCCGCCAAAGGCCAGCGAGCACCAUCUUCUGGGGCAACGUGAUCCCCAUCUGGGCCCUCCUGAGAAGUUUCCUGCUCACCUCUCCCAUGUGGAUGUCAUGGCCAAAGCGCCUGGUGUGAACAUCUGUGCCCCCUGGGCUUCCAGCAGGCCUGGCCCCCACUCCUCCCGGACGUGCCGAGCCACGCUUGCCUGGCACACACUGGGAAUGCCUCAGCAAGGUGGGCUCCUGGGGUGACAUGAAAGCUCCGCCCCACUGCUCAGGGACUCGGGGCUCCAGAACCUCUUUAGUAGUUGAUAGCAUUAUUUUUCUACUCUGAUCAUGAAGCAAACACGACUUUAUAAUAAAUAUGUAUUUUCUGUUGUGGGGUGAUG